AUGUUACAAACUGUGAAUCGAAAUAAUCAAGUAACACAAGUCGUUCCUCUCAAGAAUGUGAAUAUUCAUGGUACGAUUCGUUCAUUUGCGGCUGAUGUGACAAUUACACAAGUAUUUCGUAACGAUGAAGCAACACCGAUCGAAGCUGUUUACUGUUUUCCAAUCGAAGAACAAGCAGCAAUUUAUGCAUUCGUGGCUCGCAUUGAUAGUCGAGAAAUUGUCGCUGAAUUAAAAGAGAAGAAAGCAGCACAACAAGAUUAUACCAAAGCAUUAGAACAAGGUCAUGGAGCAUAUCUUAUGGAACAAGAUGAGAAAUCACAAGAUAAUUUUAUUAUCAACGUUGGUGCGUUACCUCCGUCGAAAGAAUGUACAAUCAUAAUCUCGUAUGUUACCGAACUGGACCUUUUUCAAGAUUCCAUCAUUCGAUUCGUAGUACCAACAACAAUUGCACCCCGGUAUAAUCCUGAGAAAGAUGGAAUAAGAUCACCUGCAGGCACGAAUGCUCAAUACGUGCAAACAAGUCCUUAUACGAUUGAAUUCUGCUGUCAAGUGGAAAACUUGGAAGGUGCACAAAUUGCACGCAUCAAUUCAUCAUCGCAUCCGAUUGAAAUCGAUCUUUCACAACGAGAUCGUUACACAGUGAAAUUCACCCAGAAAAAUACUCAUCUAGAUCGCGAUAUUUUAAUUAAUAUCGAACUUGCUGAAAAACGUGAUACUUUCAUUGCAACCAUUGAACCGAAUGCAGUCAUGGCUACCUUCACACCCACAGAAAAUGAUUGUCAACGUGUCACCCAAUUUGGUAGCGAAACAAAUGAAUUUAUCUUCGUUGUUGACUGUAGCGGAUCCAUGGAUGAUGAGAAUAAGAUUGAACUAGCUCGACAAGCUACGGUACUCUUUCUGAAAAGUUUACCGAUGAAUUGUUAUUUCAACAUUAUUCGUUUUGGAUCGAAAUAUAUGGUCCUAUUCAAUGAAGUCACUGUAGUUUACAACGAAGACAACGCUCGACAAGCUGAAGACCUUGCCAAGACUAUGCAAGCCGAUCUAGGUGGUACUGAACUUUUAGAACCUCUCAAAUGGCUUGAGCAACAUACACCAACUCAAGGACGAUCUCGUCAGAUCUUUCUUCUUACUGACGGUGAGAUCUCAAAUGUUACCGAAGUACUCGACCUGUGUCGUUCGAUGGCUUCAUCAACGCGAAUUUUCUCAUUCGGUUUGGGUCAAUCGCCUAGUCGUUCGUUAGUCAAAGGUCUUGCUCGAUCAACAAAUGGUCGAUUUGUUUUUAUUCCUCCAAAUACCACUGUCGAUGUUCACGUUGGGGAACAAUUGCAGAAAGCUCUUCAACGAUGCAUAACUAAUGUAAAAGUGAAAUGGAAUCUCGGUACAGCAGUUGUGGAAACUGUACCAAAUCAAUUACCACCAGUCUAUGCUAAAGAUCGUUUAAUUGUAUAUGGUCUCUCAGAUGACAACUCGAUUCCAUUCGAUCAUAAUUCAUCGGUUGAACUUCAAGUUGGUCAACAACAAUUGAGUGUCGCAAGAAUCAGUCGAAUACCUAGUAUAAGUGAGAAUGGAAUGAUUGCACGUCUUGCAGCCAAAGCGCUCAUCUUGGAAUUGCAGCACGCUAAACUACCUGCUAAAAGAACUACAGUUGGCAGCCAACAAUUUCGCUUCCAGGACAAUGUAGAAGAUUCAAGCAAUUCGACAAUAUCGGAAUUAAAAGAAGCUGAAAAGAAACGUAUUAUUGAAUUGUCAUUAAAACAUAAGAUAUUAAGUCCGCACACGGCUUUUAUCGGUAUCGAAAAGCGACUAGAUGGAAACAAUGCUCAUAUGGUUCUUCGAGAAGUACCAAUUCAAAUAUCGGCUGAUGACCAACAUCUCAGACAGACUCUACACAAACUUACCAAUGCAGCUAGAUCUAGUAGUAUCUAUCCUCAGACCUCCUCCAUAUAUCGUUCUAGUCUUGGUUAUCGUGCCGGUAUAGGUCGCGGCCGUGGUGGCGCUGCUGGUUAUGAUACAUGUGAGAGAAGAUCACAUCGUUCUCAAAGAGAAUGUUCAAUACGAAAAGCAAGAUCAAGAUCGCGCUCACCACCAAAUCACGAAGACGAUUCUUUUAACUGCUCUAAUAAGCAUACAAGAAAUAUUUCAACCCAGUCCAACUCAUCGCAAUGGCCGUCAAAUGAUCAAGAUAUCGUUCGUGACUUGAUCGAUAAGCAAAGCUUUAAUGGUCUUUGGUAUUUGGAUGUUGAAUCCAUUCGACAUUUAACAGGCAAAUACUUGGCAGACUUUCAAUCGAUACAUACUGAUGUACCAGUACUCAUCUCGGCUAUUGUACUUAUUCUACUUGAGACUCGUUUUGGUGAGUUUGUAUCCAUGUGGCAUGGUGUUGCACAAAAGGCUCGUACAAUCAUCAUUGAAAAGCUUGGCAAAGAUCCGAAAAACCUCGAAACUUUACUCGAAGCUAUUCGGAAACAACUGUGA